AUGCUGUACAAGCUGUACGUGGGGUGUGUUGCCGGACGACUGACGGAGUGGCUUAUGUCAAACAAGGUCCUCAGCCCCUGCCAGAAGGGAUUCCUGCCGGCGGACGGCGCGUUCGAACACGUCCACACUCUCAAUCGAGUGCUGGAGAAGGCCUGGACCCACGCGGCGGACAAGUGCGUGGCCUGGCUGAACGUGUCGAACGCUUUCGGCGGAAUUCCGCACCCCGCUCUGGAGGCUGCAAUCGAGAGGAGCGGGGCCGGCGAGGACUUCCUUCUGGCUGUCCGCGACAUUUACACGGGAGCGACGUCGUCGGUGAGCGUGGCAGGAGGGCUGACCAAUGAUAUCCCGGUGAGGUCGGGCAUCAAGCAGGGGUGCCCGCUGAGUGGUCUCCUUUUCAUUAUGGCUAUCGACCUGCAGGGCGAGUCCGUUGACCACCGGGUGCUUGCGUUCGCGGACGACUUGUGCCUCAUAGCUGACAGUCCGGGAGAGCUCCAAGCGUCCAUCGACGCGGCCCACAGUGGCCUGGACAUGCUUGGGCUCUGGCUCAAUGCGGCCAAGUGCGCAUCGCUGCACCUGUCUGGUGGACGGCCGGUGGGUGUCCGGGACACGCAGUUCCUGUUGCGAGGUUCUCCCCUUCGUCCGCUUGCCGAGGGCGAAGCGGCCACCUUCCUCGGUGCCCAGGUCGGAUUCAACGUCAUUCCACCUUUGUCCACCCUAGCCAAGACUAUUGCCAUCGGUCUGCGUAUUGCCAGGAGCAAACUCGCGCCCUGGCAGCGGAUCGAUGAGCUUAAAACCUUUUUUUACACCUCAACCUUCAAGCAUAGGCGGGCGGUCAUGAGAACUGUACGCGACACUCUUCGGCUCAAACGAAGCGACGCCUUGAUCGCGAAGCCAGAUCAAGGUAGAGCCGUGGAGUGCGUGGCCGUUCACUCUGCUUCCUCCCACUUCUUGAGAGAUGGCGACUUCACGAGGUUCGCCGACUGGCGCUUUGUGCAUCGCGCCAGGCUGAACCUCGUGCCGCUGAAUGGCUCCUCGUCGUGGCGAGCCGGUGACCGUAGGUGUAGACGAUGUGGGCAGUGUUGGGCAAAUCGUAAUCUGAUUAAUGAUUAA